AUGGUCCGCUCAUCUCUUUCCCUUACAGUCGGCAUCCUGUUGGCCUCGUCCUCCGCUUGGGUCCAAUAUACUGACGCCCAGCAGCAAUGUAACGGCUACACGGAGUUGUGUUCGAGGACCUAUGACAAGGUCUCUUAUGCCACCGCUCACAAUGCCUACGCCUUCAACCCUCCCAACGGACUUGACACCAACCAGGUCAACAACAUCCCUACCCAGCUCAAGGACGGCAUUCGUGCAUUCAUGCUCGACGCCUACGCCACUCCAUCCGGCAACCCCAAUGAGAUUGAACUCUGUCACAUCAAUUGCGCCUUGCUGGAUGGGGGUGCCCUCUCAGCCACACUCGCUCUGUUCAAGACAUUCAUGGACGCCAACCCCAAUGAGGUCAUCACCAUUCUUUGGGAGAACGCCGCCAACCUAAAGCCUGCCCAAUUCCAGGCUGUCUAUGCGGCCGCUGGACUAAGCCCAUAUCUUUACGCCCAGGCGACGGGAGCUACUAUAUGGCCCACUCUUGCACAGAUGAUUGCCAGCAAGAAGCGUCUUGUCAACUUUAUCGACUCUGGUGCUGACGCAACCGUGCCAUGGUUGAUGGCAGAAUAUGAUUUCAUCUUUGAGACACCUUACAGUAUUCCCAAGGGUACUGCCUAUCCUUGCACAAUCGACCGCCCCAAGGAUCAGCGCAAGCCGAUGUAUGUCUUGAACCAUUUCAUCCAAGGAGCAACCAACGCGCAAGGAAGCACGACCUCGGACCCUCAGCCAGAUGUCGCCGAUCAAACCAACGGCCCUGAUCUGGUCUCCCACAUCAACUCCUGCCAGACCAUCUUUAAGCAGAUCCCCAGUUUUGUCGCCGUCGAUUUUUAUCAGAAGGGUUCGUUGACUGAGACGGUGGCCAAGGUUAACAAGGUCACCUGGAAUGGAAUUGCGGCUACUACUUCUGGAAAUAACGUACAAAAAACUAAUUGA